GCUGACUUACGGAACGAAACAGUGAAAUAAUAUAAGAAAAAUUAACGAUUGAAGACGAAGAAGAAUAAAACGUCAUCAGAAAUGACGCUAGAAACAUCAUGGCUGGAUAAAUGCUUUGUGGAAAAGAUCUUGCGAAAGUCGGAAAACGACGAUUCGAUUAAAGUGAUGAAUAUAGUUUUGAAAUUGGCUACAAGCAAGGGUGAUAACUAUACUAGCGACAUAAUUAGAAUUACUGUCGAAUAUUCACGUGGCCCUAAGAUUAAAGAAAAAAAAUCCAUUAUUGUCAAACUCUCUCCUGUACAUGGUGUUCGACAAAAAAUCGUCACACAAGCAGGUUUCUUUCAAACAGAGAUAUCGAUGAUGUCGGAUACUUUGGAUAAAAUGAAUAAGUUGUUGGGGUCGAAGCACCGCUUGAGCCCUAAAAUUCUCUAUGUGCAAAAUGAAAAUCCAAUGCUUCUAGCGAUCGAAGAUCUCGCAUCUCUCGAUUUUCGAAUGGCUGAUCGUUCAUCUGGUCUCGAUUUAGAUCAUUCUCUACUGGCAUUUCGCGGACUUGCCAGGUUUCAUGCAGCCUCCGCUGUCUUAUGUGAGAAGAACCCGAAGCAAAAAGAGAUGUAUUUAAAAGAAAAUAUAUAUAAUAAAAUGCCAGAAAUAAAAUUGUUCCUCAUUAUGGGUAUUAAAGCUUUAGCAGAUGAGAUUGCAAACUGGCCAGAAGCAAAAAAAUACUCGGAAAAAGUUUCUAAACUUUCCGAUCACAUGUACCAAAUAGGACAAGAUGUACAUAAGCUCUGUGAAGAUGAAUUUAAUGUUAUUAUUCAUGGUGAUUGUCAUGUGAAUAAUAUGUUAUUCAAAUAUGACUAUAAUGGGAAACCUAUUGAUCAGAUUUUUGUAGACUUUCAAUUGUGUACCUAUGCAUCAGCGGCACUUGAUCUUAUCUAUUUACUCAAUUCAAGUAUUUCCUUCGAUGUUAUUGAACACAAGACAGAUAUUUUAUUAAACGAAUAUCUUCACACUUUGUCAACAACUAUGAACCAAUUGAAUUGUAAGACGCAACCGCCCACUAUGGAAGAACUGAAGGCUUCCAUAAAACGAAAAGCUAGUUAUGGAAUGAUGAUAUCUUUCAACGUUUUACCAUUCAUGCUGUGCUGUAAGUCUGAGGCAAAAGAUUUGGAUGAAGUACUAUGCAAUAAUACUUUUGUGAAUCCAGGUUUCAAAAAUGAGACUUUUAAAGAAAUAUUGAUAAAAAGACUGCCACUAUACGAUGAGUGGGGUUUGCUGGAUCAAAUGGCCUUAGAAACAUCGACAUUGCUAAAUUUAAGUUUCGUGGAGAAAAUCCUGCGAAAAUCAGAAAACGACAAUUCGAUUCAGGUGAUGGAUAUAUUUUUGAAAUCGGCCACAGAUAAAGGUGACAAUUACACUAGCGACAUGAUUAGGAUUACUGCUGAAUAUUCACGCGGUUUUAAGAUUAAAGAGAAAAAAUCAAUUAUUAUCAAAAUCUUUCCUAUACAUGGUAUUAUACGACAGAAAAUCGUCUCACAAGCAGGUUUUUUUCAUAUCGAAACAUCGAUGAUGUCAGAUACUUUAGAUAAAAUGAAUAAGUUGUUAGAACCGAAACAUCGCUUGAGCGCGAAGAUUCUCCACAUGCAAAAUGAAAAUCCAUUACUUUUGGCAAUCGAAGAUCUUGCGCCUCUCGGUUUUCGAAUGGUUGAUCGUUCGUCUGGUCUCGACUUAGAUCAUUCUCUAUUGGCAUUUCGCGGACUUGCCAGAUUUCAUGCAGCCUCCGUAGCCUUAUGUGAGAUGGAUCCGAAACAAAAAGAGAUAUAUUCAAAAGGAAUGUUUCAUAAUCAGCAUCCGCCAGAAAUGAAAUCUUUCUUUAUUAGGGGUACUAAAGGUUUAGCAGAUGAGGUUGCAAACUGGCCAGAAGCGGAAAAAUACUCAGAAAAAAUUGCUAAACUUUCCGAUCACAUGUACCAAAUAGGAACAGAUGCACAGAAGCUCUGUGAUGACGAAUUUAAUGUUAUUACUCAUGGUGAUUGUUCCGUGAUCAAUAUGUUAUUCAAAUAUGACAAUAAUGGCAAACCUACUGAACAGAUUUUUGUAGACUUUCAAAUGUGUAUCUACGCGUCAGCGGCACUCGAUCUUCUCUAUUUGUUCAAUUCAAGUAUUUCCAUUGAUGUUAUUGAACAUAAGACAGAUAUUUUAUUAAACGAAUAUCUUAACACCUUGUCAACGAUUAUGAAACAAUUGAAUUGCAAAACACAGCCGCCCACCAUGAAGGAACUGAAGGCUUCCCUUCAACGAAAAGCUAGCUAUGGAAUGAUGGCAUCCUUCAACAUUUUACCACUUAUGCUGUGCAGUAAAACUGAAGCGAAAGGUUGGGAUGAAAUAUUGGGCACUGAUACUUAUACGAAUCCAGGUUUAAAGAGUGAGAGUUAUAAAAAAAUAUUAUUAAAAAGACUGCCACUAUACGACGAGUGGGGUUUGCUGGAUCUUUAAUGUACUUCACAUUUAGUGACAGAAAGUUAAAGUAGAAAAAAAUAGAAGUUUAGGAAAUCGGGUAUUUGAUGUAAAUAGUUAAUAAAUACAUUAAAAUUAAUAAUAAUAGAC